AUGCGUGCUGGAAACGCUUUAUCAUUGAACGAAUACAUGUUUAUCGUUUUUGUUCAUAUCGCGACCGUCAUCGAUACUUAAAGAAAAAUUCAACAUGUCCGAGCCUCAGUGCAAGAAGGUCAAGAUGCCCAAUUCGUUGGAACAAUUGAAGUCGCUCACCACCGUUGUCGCCGACACCGGUGACUUCGAAGCGAUGAAGAAUUACAAACCAACCGACGCAACGACAAAUCCAUCGUUGAUCUUGGCUGCCGCAAAUUUGCCUCAAUACAAAUCGAUAAUCGAUAAAGCUGUGCAUUAUGGAAACAAAGUGGGCAGCACUUUGGAGGAGAAAGUUGACGCUGCCAUGGACAUACUUUGCGUGUCUUUCGGCGUGGAGAUCUUAAAAAUCGUUCCCGGUCGUGUAUCCACCGAAGUAGAUGCAAGGUUGUCAUUCGAUAAAGACGCAAGUGUAGCAAAGGCCAUAAAACUGAUACAAUUGUACGCCGAACAGGGUAUUUCCAAAGACAGAAUCCUAAUAAAAUUAGCUUCGACUUGGGAAGGAAUCCAAGCAGCAAAAGAACUGGAACAAAAGCACGGAAUUCACUGUAACUUGACCCUUCUGUUUAAUUUCGCUCAAGCUGUUGCUUGUGCUGAGGCUGGCGUCACUUUAAUUUCGCCAUUCGUCGGCCGUAUUUUGGAUUGGUACGUCGCAAAUACCGACAAAAAAUCGUACGCGCCCGAAGAAGAUCCCGGCGUGAUUUCAGUCACUAACAUCUAUAAUUACUACAAGAAAUUCGGGUACAAAACCGUUGUCAUGGGAGCAUCUUUCCGCAACGCCGGCGAAAUUAAAGCGUUGGCGGGUUGCGAUCUGUUGACAAUCAGUCCGAAAUUGUUGGGCGAAUUGGAGACUAUAAAUGAACCACUUCCUAGGAGGUUGAACGAGGAAACAGCAAAGAAAUUAAACUUGGAAAAGAUUGAGUUGACCGAGGCUAAAUUUAGGUGGAUGUUGAACGAAGAUCAAAUGGCCACCGAUAAAUUGUCAGACGGUAUUCGUAAAUUUGCUGCCGACUCGAUUAAGCUUGAGAAUACGCUGAAAAGUUUGAUCAAAAGUGCCAAGAAAUAAAUGAACAAUUAUACUUUUGUUGAUGAUUUAUAAAUUUAUUUAAAUGUAAUAAUUUUAUACAAAUAAAAAAUAAAAUAUGUUAAGUUUU